CCAGUCUUUCUUUCACUGUGCACGUGGUUGAGUGAACAGUCGAGCACAGUCAAGUCGAUCGUAGACGAUCUGACAGUUGAUAAAAGAUUUUGGUUUGCCAUCGGCUUCGUUCUUACAAAACAUUCAGAUUUCUAUAAAUCUGACAUUGAUUUGCAAUUACAAUAUUCUUCGAUUUGUCAUUAUGAUUAAAAUUAAGUUUCAAAGCAUGACAGCGAAGGAGUACAAGGGUAACUGUAAGACGUUUCAAUUGUUGUACGGAUUUCAUUACAUACCCUUUGGAAAAUGUCUCAUCGCUGUAACCGACACAGAUGAAAAUGUGGCAUACUUGGCAUUCGUCGAUGAGAAUGAACAAAAAGCUUUGGAAGCUCUAAAGAAAAUUUGGCCAACAACUACUAUAUUAAAGGAUACAAAAAAAACAACUACGAAUAUCAUCGAAAAAAUCUUUCACGAUGAUGCGUCCCAGGUUAAUUUCGUUUCUGUCCUUAUGAAGGGUACAGAAUUUCAAACUAAGGUGUGGAAAUCUCUGACAACUAUUCCUAGAGGAACAGUCCUCACUUACGAAAGUGUCGCACAAAUGAUAGACAAUCCCAAAGCUGCAUUUCCAGUAGGGAACGCAAUUUCCAAAAAUUACAUUGCAUACAUUGUUCCAUGUCAUCGUGUAAAAGGCAAGAAUGGCAGCAACAAAUAUGCCUGGGGAGUAGAGCGAAAGGAAGCCAUUCUGGAAUAUGAAUAUCAGCAGUGUAAGACUUAGUUUAGCUUUAGUCUGAAAGGCUGCGAAGAAAACAAAAUAUUUUGUAUUGAUAUAUGUUUCUCUAUAUAUGUAUAAUAUAUAUUUUAUUCGCUUACUUUUUUCAUGUUUGUAAUAAAUUAUGUUUGUCUCAUAACGUUUAAGUCACUGUAUGUUUAAUGUAGAAUCAGUCCUAUUAUUUGUAACCUUUUUAUUUUUCUCUGUUCAAUUAUAAAAAUGUGAUAAAUGAUAAGUUAAGAAUAUAUUACACAAUAAAGCUCUUUGAUGUUAGACAUUAUAUAGAAUAAAUCACAUGGUUGAAGUUGAUAAAUGUUUAUUUUUCUCACAAACACUGAAUUAUGUAAAAGUACAAAAUUCCUUGUUAGUACAAUAAAAUACGGUGAUUAUGCAUUC